AUGGCCGAGAUUCGUCGAAAGCUCGUUAUUGUCGGUGACGGCGCCUGUGGAAAGACUUGUCUGCUCAUCGUCUUCUCCAAGGGCACCUUCCCCGAGGUCUAUGUCCCCACUGUCUUCGAGAACUACGUCGCCGACGUCGAGGUUGACGGCAAGCACGUCGAGCUCGCCCUCUGGGAUACCGCUGGCCAGGAAGAUUACGACCGUCUCCGCCCGCUCUCCUACCCCGACUCGCACGUUAUCCUGAUUUGCUUCGCUAUCGAUUCGCCCGACUCGCUCGACAACGUGCAGGAGAAGUGGAUCUCCGAGGUCCUUCACUUCUGCCAGGGCCUGCCUAUCAUCCUCGUCGGCUGCAAGAAGGACUUGCGCUUCGACCAGAAGACCAUUGAGGAGCUCCACAAGACUUCUCAGAAGCCGGUAACCCCAGAGCAGGCCGAAGAUGUCCGCAAGAACGAUUGGCGCCCAGAAGUACCUCGAGUGCUCCGCAAAGACGAACGAGGGUGUCCGAGAGGUGUUUGAGCACGCCACACGAGCUGCCCUGCUCACCCGGAAAGAGAAGAAGUCGAAGAAGUGCCUGAUCUUGUAGAUGCCGUCGGGGCUUGUGUGAAUAUACUGGGGCCGCCGCAACUGCGCCAUGUUGACACCAGACAAGACCAACACGGUGGCGGCAACUGGGCGUGUUAUAGUCGUCUAUCGAGCAAGGCCGCGAAUGCGAAUGGCCAGAAAGAACUGAAGACGAGUUUGGCCUUAUCUGGCUAGUCUUCUCUGGGCAGUCACUCUCGGGCGUUUUACUGCGCUGGAUCUUUUGUGUCAUUGGAAACGUACGUACAUCAUCUUGGGGAGGCAUGAUGGAGGGGUUAUUUUCUCAGAGUGUGUGGUCGAGAUUGUGCAGCUAUCGGGUUCAGCAAUGGUAGGAUCUUUCUAAUAAUGUGCUUGGUUUUGCUCUG